AUGGGCCAGUCGAGCUCUUCGGCCUCCAGUGGCCGCGCUGCUGCGCCCACACAGCAGCAGCAGCAGCAGCAGCGCAGCGCGGGGGCUGCGCCUUCGCGCUCUCUGUCGCAGCAGAUGGUGAGCGCUUGCCGCCGGAGUGGCCAGCAGCCUUUGCGGGAGGCCUUCGUGUCUUGUUCCUCCCCCUCCCUCCCCCACGCCUCCUCCCCCCCAGCAGCAGCAGCAGCAGCAGCAGCAGCAGGGUUGCCGGUGAGCUACCGCGGGGGCUGCAGCUCGCUGCCCGCGUCGUCGCGGGGCUCUUCGCCUGCUGCUUCGCGCGCGAGUUCGGAGUCUUCGCUGCUGCUGCCAACUCCGACUCCUUCUCGGCAGCAGUCCUUUACUUUUGUGCCUCCCGCGUGGCGGGACCCUUCCUUUGUGUCUUGGACUCCGCAGCAGCAGCAGCAGCAGCGGCUGCAGCGCUCCGCGUCCUCCCCGGUCCUGCCCCACGCGGGGCAGCUCUCCGCAGCAGCAGCAGCAGCAGCAGCAGCAGCGGGUGCGGGGGCGCCGCGCUCCGCCGCGCGCCGCCCCGCCGCCGCGGCCGCAGUAGCCGCGGCCGCAGCAGCAGCAGCACCGCAGCAGCAGCAGCAGCAGCAGCUGCAGCAGCUGCAGCAGCUGCAGCGCGAGCCGUGCGUGGUGGGCUGGUGGGAAGUGGAGGAGACGAAGGAAGUGGUGUACCCGUGCGGGCGGCGGGUGUUCAGGUGUACGUACUGCAACGCGGUGCUGCGGAGAACGAAGAACUUCAUUUCGAGUUGGCCAAAAGUUUUAUUUUGCGAAAGCUGCCGGCUGCUGCCGCAGUGCAACUCGUGCUGCAAGAAGGCAGUGCCCUUCAUCUUCAGCAGCAGCAGCGGCAGCAGCAGCAGGGCCGAGCCCGUCUGCAACUUCGGGGGCCUCUCCACCUGCGGCCAGUGCAGUUUGCUGCGGCCCGUGGCCGAUGCUGCUGCGCUGCAGCCCCUUGUCAGCAGCAGCAGGCAGCUGCUGCGCGACUUCUUUGCUGUUCGCUUCACGCAGCAGCUGCUGCAGUCCCACGCGCGCCCGGAGGUGCUUUGCUGCCUCGCUGCGCUGCGCCGCGCAGCAGCAGCGGACGACAGCAGCAGCAGCGGCCGCUGCACCCUCCUCCUCGACGUCCCUGCCGCUCCGCAGCAGCAGCAGCAGCAGCAGCAGCAGCAGCAGCUCCUCAAGGCCGACUGCCACGGAGACGUCCAAAACCUCCCCUUCGAAAUCACUCCCGUCUGGCACAUGCAGCUUUCCCGCGGCAGCAGCCAGAACGUCUACGGCAGGUGCGAGGCGCGGGCGCUCACCUUCCCCGCGGCCCCCGCAGCAGCAGCAGCAGCAGCAGCAGAAGCAGCAGCGCCGCGGACGUACCGCGUAGUGCAGCGGAUCCUGCUUUCCCGCGGGGUCCCCGAGGGCCUCUUCUGCGGGCACUUGGCGCACGAGCUGCUGCAUGCGUUUAUUUGGCUUUCGCUGGAGGGCAGCAGCGCCGUGAAGAUCGACUUGGCCGCGGAAGAGGGGCUGUGCAACUGCAUCCUGGCGACGGCGCUGCAGGUCCGGGUGGAAACUCUGCAGAAAAAACGCGAACAACUCCUCGACUCUUUGUUAAAAAGGGGAUUUGCCCCGCAAACAAACCCCUCCGUCAAGGAAAUCGAAGGACUGCCGCAAACUGCCGAGUUCCUCAAGGCCGUUUGCAACUUGCACGCCGGCGCGCGCGCUCCCGCCGCGGGGUGUACGUACACCCCGCCGCUCCGCGCCCGCAGCCGCUUCCAACUGGAAUACGAACUUUAUUUGACGGAAUAUGAGUUGAAAGUGCUGAACCGCAGGCUGGGAGAAAUGGAAAGAGACGCAGACCCCAACUACGGCGUCGGCUACCGCACAGCCAGGGCUCUCGCCAUGAAGUGCAGCAUGCCCAAGUUGGUUCAGAUCCUGUGCAUUGAGGGGCACUCGCUGGACUCCUUCGUCAGAGCCACUCAAGUUUGCUUUUAA